AUGGCCAUCCGGCCGGUGCACCUUGGGAACAUCAUCAGCCAGCAGAAGAACCACGAAUUCCGCAAGUACCGACUUCGUGAUGGAGUGAGACGUCUAUGGUUCUACGAGACGAGCGACGGCGGCCAGGGCCAGGCCUCUAUUACACACAUCGCGGUUAUCCCCCUUACCACGCGUCAUGAACCCGGUUCUGUGCCUACCGAGCCCUUCGGUAUAGGCAACGAGGAAUUCAACGCCGGGCUAAAGCAGUCGAAGUUCGGAUACCCCGUGCUCGAACUCCAUGAGCUGAUCCGCCCAGUGACGUUGACGGAGAUGAAGAAUCGAUGGGGCAUGGGGCCUCCCAUGGGGUGGCGGUAUGUUGAGCGAAAUAUGUGGGAGGACAGAUGGGGCGAAAGCCAAGAUCGGUCGGAGAAAGUGAAGCGUCUCUUCUGA